AAAAGAUGAAAUUUGGAAAACUGAUGAUCACCUGGAGAUAUUUUCUGAUGAAGAUUCAGUGGGUCUUCUUGGUUCUCAACCAUCAUCACAAUCCUCAUCUUGGAGUGAAGAAAAUAACAACACUCUAGAUAUUUUCAAUAAGGCUGUAACUUUGCUUGGACAUGGGAAGAUGAGCCCACUUAAAUUCAAAGUACAUCAGAGGCUGGACAGCCUUAAGCCCUCCACUACAAGAUUGCUUAAGAGAAAAGCCACAGAAGCAGUCAAUUUAGUUCUUGAGAGUAUAGCUCCAGGACAGGGAAAUGAAUUGUUAAAGCUCAUUCACGAGCCAGAGCAGCAGCAAGAAACAAGCUCUAGCAAACUUGAUCAACUUGUUGUUAAACUGUACUGUGAAAGCACAGACAAGGCUGUUAAGAAACGACUGUUGUCCAUGAUUGCUUGCUCUCAUACAAAAAACAGCUUCAGCAGAUCAUUCCCUCAGUCACCAUGCAUGGUAUAAAUGAGGCAAGGAAACAUGCUGUUGAACAUA